GAAAACAACAAGAAACCAUGCGAUCGGCGGCGAGGUUCCUGGCAUUCCGGCGAUCUUUCUCGUCCUCCGUCACCGCCGGCGGAGCCGAGACCCUCUCCGGGAAGAAGUGGGACGCAUUGGUGAUCGGUGGUGGGCACAACGGUCUGACGGCGGCGGCCUAUUUAGCCCGUGCUGGCCUCUCAGUUGCCGUCCUCGAGCGCCGCCACAUCAUCGGCGGUGCCGCCGUCACCGAAGAGAUCGUCCCCGGGUUCCGAUUCUCCCGCUGCAGCUACCUCCAGAGCCUACUCCGCCCCUCUGUCAUCCAGGAGCUCGAUUUGAAGAGGCAUGGGUUGAAGCUUCUUAGACGGAAUCCAUCAUCUUUCACUCCUUGUCUUGAUGGGCGGUAUCUUCUUUUGGGGCCUGAUGCGGCUUUGAAUCACUCAGAGAUCGCCAAGUUUUCGAAGAAAGAUGCAGAGUCUUAUCAAGCGUAUGAGAAGCAGCUGGAAAGAUUCUGUGAAUUCAUGGAUUUUCUUUUGGAUUCACGGACUCCAGAAAUCAGGCAAGAUUUAUCAUCCUUUGUGAGUCAGGUGAAGGAUAAAUUACAAGCGUCUGCAUUUUGGAGUCGUUGUCUCCAGCAGACUUUCACACUGGGACAGAAGGACAUGUUGGAUUUUGUGGAACUAUUGGUUUCACCAGCAUCAAAGGUUUUAAAUAACUGGUUUGAGGCAGAAGUAUUGAAGGCGACACUUGCAACAGAUGCUGUGAUUGGGGCUAUGGCAUCUGUCCACACCCCUGGGUCUGGAUAUGUGCUACUUCACCAUGUAAUGGGAGAAACUGAUGGUGCACGAGGUGUUUGGUCGUACGUUGAAGGUGGAAUGGGCUCAGUGUCUUCGGCUAUUAGUACCGCCGCUCGUGAGGCUGGUGCUCAUAUUGUGACAAAUGCAGAGUCCCAAAUCACGGUUGAUGCGGCAUCUGGUGCUAUAACUGGGGUCGACUUAGCUGAUGGAACUCAUUUGCAUUCUUCAGUUAUUCUGUCAAAUGCAACUCCACAUCGAACUUUUAUGGAAUUAGUUUCAUCAGAUGUCCUCCCUGAGAAUUUUCUUUCAGUAAUCAAGAACACCGACUACAGCUCAGGAACAACAAAAAUCAACAUUGCUGUUGAUAGACUGCCUCAGUUUCAUUGUUGCAACUCUAUUCAUUCUGAUGUAGGUUCUGAGCAUAUGGGUACCAUACACAUUGGAUCUGAAAGCAUGGAGGAGAUUGAUUUGGGGUACAGAGAUGCUCUGAAUGGUAUUCCGUCAAAAAGACCAAUCAUUGAAAUGACAAUACCUUCCGCCUUGGAUAGGACCAUUUCUCCACCUGGUCAGCAUGUGGUCAAUCUCUUUAUCCAGUACACACCUUAUAAACUUUCUGAAGGCAGCUGGCAAGACCAUAAUAUCAGAGAAUCAUUUGCUCAGAAGUGUUUCUCCUUAAUUGAUGAAUAUGCUCCAGGUUUUAGUUCAUCAAUUGUGGGCUAUGACAUGUUGACACCUCCUGAUCUUGAAAGGGAGUUUGGACUUACAGGGGGAAAUAUCUUUCACGGUGCGAUGGGUUUGGAUUCUCUUUUCUUAAUGCGUCCAGUUAAAGGAUGGUCAGAUUAUAGAACACCAUUAAAAGGGUUGUAUCUAUGCGGGAGUGGUGCACACCCUGGUGGUGGUGUUAUGGGCGCUUCCGGACGCAAUGCUGCUUCUGUGGUCCUCCAAGAUCUGAAAAGGUCUUCCAAUGCAUGAGUGCCAAAUGCCAUCCAGUGCACCGGGUGAUAGAUCUCUUGAUUUUUCAGUUUGGUUGAGCUAGUUGGAGAAAACUGGCAGAAAACCGAACAGAAGAUGUGUAUUGAUGGUUGCGUUCUGCUUUCCAGAUGAGCAUUUCUGCUUUUACCAUUAUGUUCUAUUUGGAUUGUGCUGCUGAUGUUCUCUGCGCGGCUUUGCCUUUCUGAAUUUUUUCUUGUGACUGUUGUAUCGAUUUAAUGUUUAACUGUGGACUUUCAGUUGUGGUUCUGGGGAAGAAGAAAUUAACUGUCAACAAUUCAGCAAGAGCAGGAGCUGAGUACUUCUGUGAACAUAUCAGUAAAACUCUUUUUCCCUCUGUUCAGUUUUGCCUUCCUCUUCUUCUGUUUGAUGAGUGCCUUUAGGUGAGUAUUUGGAUAUUUAACUUUGGUGAUUUGAGGGUUAAUAACUACUUUGUUUUAUUUUUGUCUUUUUAAGAUUUU